AUGCAAUCGAUAUAUAAUUAUGAUCCAAAUUUAAUUAUAGAACCAAGUGAAUAUGAAAAUGGCAUACCUAUAUUCAAACCAACAAUGGAUCAAUUUAAAGAUUUUUAUAAAUUCAAUAAAUCAAUAAAUAAAUAUGGUAUGAAAUCAGGUAUUGUUAAAGUUAUACCACCCGAAGAUUGGAAAAUCAAUACACAACAACAAUGCUAUACAGAUGAGAAUCUACUGAGAAUAUGUAUCAAGAAUCCAAUUAUUCAAAAUAUAAAUCAUCAAGGAUUAGGCAUCUAUACUCAACAAAAUAUUGAAAAACAAAGAAAGUAUAAUAUUUAUCAAUGGAAAGAACUAUCUAAAAACCAUAAUCCUCCCAAGGUAAAGAUGGAGAAUAAUUCCAGUUAUAAUAUAGAUACUUUUGGUUUUACAGAAUCUAAAUGUCAAGACCUUGAGAAAAAUUAUUGGAAAAGUUUAACUUAUAGUGAACCAUGUUAUGGUGCAGAUUGUCAGGGCUCAUUGUUUGACAAUACUACAAUUUCAGAUUGGAAUGUUGCUAGAUUACCAAAUUUAUUAGAUUUAAUGUCUCAAAAAUUACCUGGUGUAAAUGAAGCUUAUUUAUAUGCUGGACUUUGGAAAGCUACAUUUUCGUGGCAUCUAGAAGAUCAAGAUUUAUAUUCUAUUAACUAUCUCCAUUAUGGAGCUCCCAAAAUGUGGUAUUCCAUUCCACAAGAAUACAAGGAUAAAUUUCACAAAUAUAUGAGAUCUCAAUUUGAAGAAGAGUAUAAAAACUGUGAUCAGUUUUUACGUCACAAGACGUUUUUGGUUGACCCGAAGUUAUUAAAAAAGAAUGGAAUUCCAGUGAAUAAAAUAGUACAUCGAGAAGGUGAAUUUAUUAUAACUUAUCCAUAUGGAUAUCAUGCUGGUUUUAAUUAUGGUUAUAAUUUAGCAGAAUCGGUAAAUUUUGCAUUGGAUGAUUGGUUCCCAUUUGGGGAAAUUACUAAAAAAUGUGAAUGUAUAAAUGAUUCAGUAAGUAUAAGUGUAAAGGAAAUUUAUUGUAAGUUUCAUGGAUUAGAAUAUAAAAGUGAAGAUGAAGUUGAAAAAGCAAUAAAAGAAGAAGGAAUAAAAAAGGGAAAUGGUAAACGAAGACAUGGGUCAAUUGAAGUUUCAAAAAAGAAAGUAAAAGUGAUAUAG